AUGCAAAGAGGUAACAGCACAGUGCUGACUGAGUUCAUCCUCACAGGAAUUCCCUACCCACUCAGGCUAAGGACAUUCCUUUUUGUGUUCUUUUUGCUCAUCUACAUCCUCACUCAGCUGGGGAACCUGCUUAUUCUAAUCACCGUCUGGGCAGACCCGAAGCUCCAUGCCCGCCCCAUGUACAUCUUUCUUGGUGUUCUCUCCAUCAUUGACAUGGGCAUCUCCUCCAUCAUUGUCCCUCGCCUCGCGAUGACCUUCACUUCAGGCAUCAAACCCAUCCCCUUUGGUGGCUGUGCUGCUCAGCUCUAUUUCUAUCACUUUUUGGGCAGCACCCAGUGCUUCCUCUACACACUGAUGGCCUACGACAGAUACCUGGCAAUAUGUCGGCCCUUGCACUACCCUGUGCUCAUGACUGUGAAGUUGAGUGCCUUGCUGGUGGCUGGAGCUUGGCUGGCAGGGUCCAUGCAUGGGGCUCUCCAGGCCAUCCUGACCUUCCGCCUGUCCUACUGUGGGCCCAACAAGGUAGAUUACUUCUUCUGUGACAUCCCUGCGGUUUUGAAGCUGGCCUGUGCUGACACAACAGUCAACGAGCUGGUGACCUUUGUGGACAUUGGGGUAGUGGUUGCCAGUUGCUUCUUGCUGAUCCUCCUCUCCUACAUACAGAUCAUUCAGACCAUCCUGAGGAUCCGUACAGCUGAUGGGCGGCGCCGGGCCUUUUCAACCUGUGGAGCCCAUGUAACCGUAGUCGCCGUGUACUAUGUGCCCUGUGCCUUCAUCUACCUAAGGCCUGAAACCAACAGCCCCCUGGAUGGCGCAGCUGCCCUAUUCCCGACAGCCAUCACUCCUUUCCUCAACCCCCUUAUCUACACUCUGCGGAACCAAGAGGUGAAGCUGGCCCUGAGGAGAAUGGUAGGAGGCCCAGGGACUAAGAGUGAGGUUUAA